AUGCUAGAAGUCUCCAACAUUUCAUCGGCGGAGCCGGAGGCCACGAUCGACGGGCGAGCGCGGUCGGUGAGCAGCCUGCGGGAGGCCGAGAACCGCACCUUCACCUGCCUGGCGGCGGCGCCCAACCUGGCCUGGUACCUCAACGGCAAGCGGCAGGAGAGCGGCGGCUCCAGCAGGCUGAUGGUGGCCGAGGGCGGCGGGGACGGGGACGAGGACGCCCUCGCCGAGAGGAGCAGCAGCAGCAGCACCUUCGUCGUGACGGCGCGUCGCCUCGACCGCCAGCUGGACUGCUCCGCCACCGAUCCGGCGACCGGCCACGUUUCCAAUGCCUCCGUCCUGCUCAACGUUCAGUUCAAGCCCGAGAUUGUUGAGCUGGACGCCCACUACGAGGAAGGGAGGGAGCCUGGGCUCCUGCUGGUGCUCUUCGCGCUGGUCCAGGCCAACCCACCGGCCCAGAUCACCUGGGUGGACCAAGACGGGCGGACCAUGGUCAACACCUCCACCUUCCUCAUCGUGGACACCAAGACCUACCCCUGGCUCACCAACCACACCGUGCAAGUCCAGCUCAGCAGCCUGGCCUCCAACUUCUCCAUCAGGGCCUCCAACGCUGUGGGCUCUGCCAAUGCUUCGGUCCUGCUGCCUGGCCUCCUGGACACGCGCGUCGAGCUGUCCAUCCUGGCGCUUGUGGUGGGGGGUGCCGUGGCCUUGGGAACCCUCCUCUCCCUCGGCAUCCUUGUCAGCUGUGUGGUCUACCGUGAGGGCAAGAAGGCGGCAGGACCUCAGUCCCCAGGGCCACCACCUCUGAGGGACUCCGCCAGCCUGAGGCCCUCCACCACUCGCCUGCCGCGGUCCAACAGGUCCCUGCCGGCCAACCUGCAGCUCAACGAUCUCCCUCCGGAGCCCAAGGCCAUGUUCAGGACGGAGGGUGUGCCAGUGAAGGAGGAGGAGGAGGAGGAGGCAGAGGGAGAAGGAGCCCUUUCAGAGCCAGACAAUCGCCUGGCCCUUGCGAUCCAAGGGAUCGGCCAGUUCCCUAUGGUUGGAUAUAUCUAUCGAGCUUCCAGUAUGAGCAGCGAUGAGAUCUGGUUAUGAUGUCCAUCGCCCACACCCGCCAGCAGGUACAAAGGCCGACUUCCAGAGGGUCUGCAGGAACCAUGGGUGCUUGGGUGCCCCUAUGUACGGAGGCCGGCUCAUCUUCCCUCGAGCAGGACCUCCCCCCCCUCUAUGGGCCAUCUCAGCAGCCAAGAGAGCAUACCUGGCCGCAGCUCACAGGCACCUGAGCAAGAAGAGCAGGAAACAACGGUGCCUCUGGACUAGGCCCGCAGGACCCGUGGAGGCGCAAGAAGACAACCGCUCAGGAGCAGGGCCUCCCCACCUCCACCCACCAAAGCAGCUGCCUACCCAGGGUUUUCCUCCAGCAUGGGCACCACCUCCCUCUGCCCUUUUCGCCCCACCCUGUCCCACAAAGCGGGGUGGCCUGCAUGCCCGCCUCGGCUUCCAUCAACAGGCUGCUGGGAAACGGGUUGGUCUCUGAGCUGCUCUUGCUGCUGCCGCCACCUCAGCGCCGAGGUGUUUGUUUGUUUGUUUUGCUGCUUUUGCAAAUACCUGGAUGCUGCCCAAGCAACAACCCUCGCCUCUCUUUUCCCUCUGUCCCACCGGGAUGCGUCCAGGCGCUGCUAACGUGCUCCCUUCUGGCAGGUGCAGCAGAAGGAACCCAGCCUCCCUCUCGAGACCUU